ACUCAAUCUGUCUGAGUGCAGUAUAACAGAAGGAGGUUACAGAUGUUUGUCUGAAGCUGUGAGAUCAAACCCUUCACAUCUGAUCUCACUGGAUCUCACUGGAAAUGAUCCUGGACCAUCAGGAGUCAAACUCAUCCAUCAGUUAAUACAAGAUACAAACUGUGCACUGAACACUGUGAGAUUCUUGAAGAGUCGUGAUGCAGAAGCAGCUUGUGUUUCUCUGACUGAAGUUCUGGGUGAGAAUCCAUUACUGCUGAAAGAACUGAAUCUGAGUGACAAUAAACUGAGAGAUCUGGACGGAGAGAAACUCUCGGCUCUAUUGAUGGACUCUCAUAGUAAAGUGGAGACAAUCAGAUUGAAUAACUGUGAGCUGACAGAGAAACAGUGUUCAGCUGUAGCUGCUGUUCUGUCCUGUAAAACCCUGGUGAGAGAGAUGAAUCUGAACAACAGUCGUCUGCUGGAUUCAGGACUCAAACACAUCUGUGACAAACUGAAGAAUCCUCAGUGUCAACUCCACAUACUCAAAUUGUCGGAGUGCAGUAUAACAGGAAGAGGAUACAGAUGUCUGUCUGAAGCUGUGAGAUCAAACCCUUCACAUCUGAUCUCACUGGAUCUCACUGGAAAUGAUCCUGGACCAUCAGGAGUCAAACUCAUCCAUCAGUUAAUACAAGAUACAAACUGUGCACUGAACACUGUGAGGGUUCAUCAAAAAAAGGGAUUUAUCCAAACCAAAACCGCCAACGGAACGCAAAAUAAUACAACAAACAGCGCGCCAUCCAGAAUUGGUCGAGCCAUCAAGAAAUCUCUGCAGGAACUGCAAACGGAAAGCAGCACAUCUACUCUGAAUAUGGAUCAACCCUUGACCACCUUCUUCCUUGGGGAGGUAUAG